AUGAGGGUUUUCUCAUCUUUGACAGUGGCGGUUGUUGUGGCUACAGUAUCAGGUGCUGUUGUGCCUGAACGCUUGGUGCGUGCGUCUCCAUCGCAUGCCGUUCAUACACCAUCAAAUGAUGAUUUUUUCUUUGAUUGGGAUUUUGAAUCUUUUUUGGAAGAUCUUACCGGUGCACCUCCCGCUACUCCUGUUCAAUACUCGAGCACUACGACUUUAUCAACUGCAACAAAUGCCGACGGUUCAAUGGCCGCCCAUUCACCAAAAGUGGCUCAUUCCUCAGAGAUACCACAGGCUAGUACAUAUGCUACCCACACUCAAUCGACAAAGGCUAGUGCCACAACUCUACCUGCGAAAUCUCAAAAUGACCAUUCCCCCGCGACAAAGACCUGUGCUGCCCCCACCAGCAAAUCGCCGGAAAGUUACUGGCUUGACGAGCAGGAUCACAACCAACAAGGAGCAGGAUUUGCUCCCUAUGCUAAAACAUCGCUCUACCCGGUCUACCGCAAUGUGAUGGAUUACUCGGUCGUCAAUGAUGGCUCUGGUGAUCAAACCCCGAAGCUACAGAAGGCCAUAGAUGAUGACGGCGUGGGAGGCAGCCGUAAAGGCCAAGGUGUCACGCGUUACCCUGCCCAGGUCUACCUUCCAGGAGGCGUAUACCAACUUGGAAGCACUCUGAACCUGACUGUGGGUACGAUUAUUGUUGGUAAUCCGUUGAACCCUCCCAUCAUCAAGCCUGCACCGGACUUCCGUGGGGACUAUCUCAUCAUGGGAUACGAUUCACACAGCGGCAACCCGGAAACUAGCUUUGCAAUGCUUGUCAAGAAUGUGAUCAUCGAUACCACCACCCUCAGCCCCGACCGCCACUUCACUGCUCUUCAAUGGGGAGUUGCGCAAGGGUCGGGCUUGACAAACGUUAAGAUUCGCAUGCCAAAGUCUUCUACUGGCCACACUGGAAUCCAUAUCAAUGCCGGGUCAACCAUUGCUGUGACGGAUGUGGAUAUUAUUGGCGGAGCUAUUGGAAUCAAGAACUCCAACCAACAAGUCAACUUCAAAAACAUAAAUUUCCACUCUUGCACAACAGCUUUCUCCGCCGCAGGUGGAUGGACGGUUCUGCUCCAGCAGGCAACUUUUGAUAGCUGCGGAACUAGUAUCGAUAUGACUAGCAAUGGAUUGGGUAGCUUAGUGCUUCUGGAUUCCACUUCGACAAACUCGGGCCCGGUAAUUCGAUUCUAUGACUCGUCCGGUGAUUCUGGAAACCGAAACAGUCAGUUCCUCAUUCAGAACCUAAAGCAUGAUACCCAGAACGCUAUCGCAGUCGACUCCCAGGGAAAGGUGGCAUUAGCAGCUACCUCCCAUAUCGAUACAUGGGUUUGGGGUACUGUCGUUCCAACAAGCUAUCAGACUGGAGCAAGCUGGAAGACAAAGCGCCCAGCCCCACUACUGGUGGGAGAUAAAUAUUUUACCAAGCCUCAGCCCACCUACCAAGAUUACAGCACAGCGGAUAUUGUCAAUGUGAAAACUGUAUCUGCACAUACAGUAAAAGGUGACGGUAAGACUGACGACACCAAGGGUCUGAACGCUAUCUUGGCUCAAAAUGCCGAUUCGUGCAAAAUCACAUACAUUCCCUUCGGUGUAUAUCGAGUCUCAGACACUAUCUUUGUCCCAGUCGGAACCCGCAUUGUCGGAGAAGCAUGGUCUGUCAUUUCUGGAUAUGGUGACAAGUUUAAGGAUCCAAACAACCCAAGGCCUGUUGUUCAACUUGGCAAUCCUGAUGACGUCGGUGUGAUUGAAAUUCAGGACAUGCGAUUCUCUGUUGGCGAGAUAUUGCCGGGGGCUAAGAUCAUUGAAAUCAAUGCCGCAGGUGAUAAGCCCGGCGACGUUGGUCUAUGGAACACGAUGGCGUUGGUUGGCGGCACCGCUGACACUAGUAUCUCUAGUGUUUGCACAUCGCAAGACCCUAAGGAUUGUAUGGCAACGUUCAUGGUAAUGCACCUGACCAAGACCUCAUCUGCAUAUAUCGAGAACUUCUGGGGAUGGACCGCCGAUCACAACCUUGACAGCGAGUCACUGCUCACCAUUAUCUCAACUGGCCGUGGAAUCUUGGUCGAAUCCAUCAAGGGAACCUGGCUGACAGGAACUGGUUCCGAGCAUCACUGGCUGUAUAACUAUAACAUCCAUAACGCUCAAAAUGUCUUUGCGGGCCUUCUACAAACAGAAACACCGUAUAUGCAAGGUCAGGGAGAAUACCAGGCCGCGCCGGCACCAUGGACAGCUGUCGCCAAAUACGGUGACCCUGAUUUUUCAUGGUGUGCUGCAAAUGACCAAAAGUGUCGCACUGCGAUAGCAACGAAUGUGGACGGCGGGUCCAACAUCGCGCUGUACAACUCAGCUGCCUGGGCCUUCUUCGACGGAUUCUGGAAUGGUCUAUAUAAUGAGCCUUGCAAUGGGAACUGCCAAACCAACAUGAUGCGAGUGACGAAUGACCCUCAGAAUCUGGUUUGGUACUCGAUCAGCACACGCAUGACGGACGUGAUGGUGCUUGAUGGAAAAACCAAUCCCCGUCAAUCGAACUACAAAGGCGGAUGGGAAGGCAUCAUCCAGGUUUAUGGCCAGUUUAUAGCAUGA